ACUUCAUUUACAUCUAUCAAAGAUCAUCUCCAAUAUUUAUGAAAUAAAAUCUUAGCCGUUGGAUUGCACACCUGGAAACUCCUGCGGGUCAAGCUAAAGUCUUCAAUAGUACUGUAAGCGCAAGCUGGCUCCAACCCUGCCUUCUACUGGAGAAUGAUUUUCAAGGUACCGUUAGGCAAAAUAAAAGAAAUGCCAACCUUUCGGAAGUUAAAAAACCCACUAGAAACACAGAAGGCGGAAUUCAAGUUCCAGGUUGCCGUGUUGGAACUUAAAAUUUCAACUCCAAGCUUAUACCAGAAAAUAUCUGUCAAAGAACAACAUUCCAAGUUAUAAGCACAAAUUAGCCUUACGAAAGCAAAGAUGAGAACAUGUGAUGGACUCCGAAGAUGGUUCAGAUUGCCUGAACUACUGGUCACAUUCACUUUUGGUCUGCUUUUCGGUAAGGGCCUGAUAACUUACGUGCUGGACAACCUCGUAACAUUCCUCACGGAUAUCUGGAAGUUGAAACUAAAGGAAGCUGCAGCAAUCGUCAAUCUUCAAGAGGGUCUAAGGAACAUGUUGCAGAUUCAUGUUGCCUUCUGCAUCGAUGCUUUCCUUGGUUAUCGAUGGAUGUUGUUUCUUUCUAGUCUUCUAUAUUCUGCUGGACUUGGCCUUUUAGCAUUCUCAGUGCCUGAAUACUUUUUCAACAAAGAAAAAGUAUGUGUUCCUGUCGAGAAAGUUAAAUUUUAUUGUUUUAAAAAGUUGAAACAUACACCAUUCUGGGAAGGAUUAGCUCUUCUGAUUGUUGGUGGGGCUGCACAAGUCAUUCCCCUUUACUCCCUUUCUUUUGACCAAACCAAGGUUUUAAGAGUACCAAAACACUGUACAGAAACAAGGGUUAAAGUUGGAUGCCGCCAGCUUAAGGUUAAAAUAGGAGGCUGGCGGAAAUUGCAGCUGAGAGUAAUCGGAUGGCUUUGCUUCGUAUACAUGAUGCUGGGAACCAUAACAUCAUUCUAUGGUUUUAUCUCUUUCCAAGACAAUUGGCAUCAGCGUUUUUUGAUAUCAGCCAUUGCGAUCGUAAUUGGUUUACUUUGGUUUGUUUGUGGUUUCACUUUCUAUGGACCUCGUCGACUGCAACUAAGUCCUCUUUCAACUAUGCUACGUGCCUUGAUUGCCGCAGCGCGGAAGUGGGGUCUCAAAUACCGAGGAAAUUUAAACCAACUUCAUCGUGGUGAUGGAGACAAUCAAAAUCUACUCCCUACAGACCAUCUUGAGUGGCUCAACAAUGCAGCAGUCAAAGAGUCAUCAGCUGCCGAUGAUGAAUUAAUAACUUCUGUUAAAAAGGGAUGGAGACUUUGCACAGUGAGAGAAGUAGAGCAAGCAAAACUUCUGUCAAAUAUUAUUCCAUUGUCUGUGACUUUCAUCGCGUAUGGCAUGGUAGAAUCUCUUGGUAAUACCUUCUUCAUUGAGCAGGCAAACACAAUGAGCGGUGGUAUCCCAGUUGUAGUUUUGCAGAUGAUACAAUGGAUUUCUAAAAUUUCAGUCAAUAGGGGGUAUAAAAUGGUGUUUGAAAAACGAAUAACAAGAAUAAAAAGACGGUACUCUGAUGGGGUGAAGAUUGGCAUUGGUAUGUUGGCCUCUAUAAUAUGCUGCGCUGUUGCAUCAUCAGUAGAGGCCAAACGGUUAAAAGCUCUGAGACAAGAGGGGCUGUCAAAUGAUCCAGAAGCUCCUGCUCCCAUUACCGCAUCUUGGUUGCUUCUGCAAUUCUUUUUCCUGGGUGCAAUGGAAGGAUUAGCUGACGAUGGCAUCCAGGAUUUCUUUGGUCAUUAUGCCCCAGAUUCAAGGAGAUAUGGACCUGUAUUUACUAGCACGCUUACCGGAUUUGGAACAAUACUAAACGUAGGAUUCGUAGCUAUUCUAAAUUAUUACACCGAAUCCAGAUACAGAGAAAGCUGGCUUGGUGAUAGUAUAAACCAAAGUCGUUUGGAUUAUAUCUAUCGCGCAUAUGUCAUUCUGGCCCUGUUAAACUGUUUUCUCUAUGCUUUUGUCUCCACUCGGCAUUCUUAUGAUAAUAUCAUUGGAAGUCCAGAAGAAGAACUAGAAGAAAUACCAUUCUUGGAAGUAGAAGAAACAGAAGCAAGAGACCAACAGAACAACCGAGGGCAAGGGAAUGAUCAGUUGCAUAGGAUUUCAGUGCGUUAGCCUUCUGAUUUAUCAAGGAAUAGGUAGAAGGGGAUUCAGGGUUGGGGUCACCUUAUUAGAUUGACCCAGAAGAUGAUAACUUGAAUUUGUUGAAUGAAAAGCUAUUCUCCUUCAGGAUUGCUA